CCCUCUUCUUCCUCGCUCAGAAGUCAGGAUCAACCAAAAUCCUCGAACACUAGCGUUGCACGAUUCCUUCUUCCUUUUUGUUUUUCCUCUCAAUUUUUGUACACCUCGGAGGGCUUUUUUGCGGCGGCGCGUGAGGAUUUUUUGAGCGCGUAGGGACGACGUGCCGGCAGAUUCAUGUUUAACCCUUCAACCGCAUUGGGAAAUCCUCGACGGAUCCCUGUCGGAAUCCUACUGGAAAUUUCGGAUUCCGUACAGGAAUGGCUUCCGCCGUCUUAGCAAACCGAAACGAAUCCAAUUGGCCGCAGCCGAGGGGAAACGGCCGCGGUACGGAAGGAGGAUUCAUGGGUAAAGUACCUUUUUCAAACCCUAACCCUAAAUUUAACAAGAAACAGUUUCACGGCGAGAUGAACGGUUUCCAGAUGGAUGACUCACCGGCUGUGACUCAAUCAGCGUCAGAUGAUGCAUCGUCGAUUAAUCAUCAUCGGAGAUUGUCGAACGGCGUCGAUUUCAGUCAAUAUGUGAGCUUCAAUGUUUCGUCGUGUUCGAGGAAGGAGCUGAUCGAGCUAAAGAGCAGGUUAAUCUCCGAACUUGAACAGAUUCGGCAAUUGAAAAAUCGCAUCAAUUCCGGCGACCUACAUUCCAGACCAAAACACCAGAAAAAAUCGUCGAAAACCUCGGGAACCAAGCGGCCUCUGCCGACUAUGAGCAACGGCAAGGAGUUGAAGCGGUCAAAUUCAGAGAACGGUAAUCUGAUGAAGACGUGCUCGCAGAUUUUGACAAAACUGAUGAAGCACAAACAUGGCUGGAUCUUCAACAAGCCGGUCGAUGUGGUUGGGAUGAAUCUUCACGAUUACUACGACAUCGUAAAGCGUCCAAUGGAUUUGGGAUCCGUGAAAUCCAAGUUGAGCAAAGAUGCGUAUGAAUCGCCGUUCGAUUUCGCUGCCGACGUGAGGUUGACCUUCAAGAACGCGAUGACCUAUAAUCCCAGGGGCCACGAUGUGCACGCCAUGGCAGAGCAAUUACUGACGAGAUUCGACGAAUUGUUUCGGCCCGUGGGUGAGGUACUGGAAGAGGAAGAUCGGCGAUAUCGUGGCUACCAAGAAGAGUUGCAUCAAGCGAGUUCUUGGAAUCAUUCGGAGGCUGAAAGAACGGUGGUUAAGAAGGAUAGCUCGAAGCAAAUUGUGAAGAAGCCAGAGUCGAUCAAAGCUCCGUCAAGCUCGUCUAACCCGCCUAUGAUGCAGUCGCAGUCGCCCGUCAAAACUCCAUCGCCUCUGCGGGCACCUCCUGUGAAGCCGGUGAAGCAGCCGAAGCCAAGAGCCAAAGAUCCUAACAAGAGAGAAAUGACUCUUGAAGAGAAGCACAAGUUGGGAAUCGGGUUGCAGAGUUUGCCGCCGGAGAAAAUGGAACAAGUGGUGCAAAUUAUAAAAAAGAGAAACGGCCAUUUGAAGCAGGAUGGGGAUGAGAUUGAGCUCGACAUUGAGGCUGUAGAUACGGAAACCCUCUGGGAGCUUGAUCGGCUGGUCACGAACUGGAAGAAGAUGAUGAGCAAGAUCAAGCGACAGGGUCUCUUCCCCGCUGCAUCUAACAAGCCCAAUGGGGUUAUGCCCGUCACUGAGAAAAUCGAAGUGGGUUCCGAGACAAAGAAGCAACGCAAAGGGGAGGCUGGUGAAGAAGACGUGGACAUUGGCGAUGAGAUGCCGGCGAGCAAUUUUCCUCCGGUGGAGAUCGAGAAAGACGCCGGAGGAGGCCAUGCUAGCAGUAGCUCCAGCGGCUCCAGCAGUUCUAGCAGUGAUGAUUCUUCCUCUUCGAGUGAUUCGGAUUCCGAAGGCAGUUCAUCCGGGAGCGAUUCUGACGACAAUGCACAAUAAAGCGUGAGAUUUGAUGAUGGAACGGUCUGAAAGAGAUCCAAAAUGGAGAGCGACAAUCCCUCUUGCGCUGCACGGAGUGGACCAUUGGGUAGAGAUCUGUCUGAAUGAGGGUUGUUUAAUCUCCAGAGUGCGAAAUAGUGAGCUUUAUGAUGGGUUAAGUCGGCAGUUUCUGCCUCAGCUUAUGGAUCUUGAAGGCAUAAUAACAUAACAGAAAACACUUGGGAACCUGAAGAAUGGAGAGUUGGGGAAGAAGGAAAGUUGUAGGUAAAGGAAGAAGAAAGUUAGAGAAAAUGAUGCAGUGUAGGAAUGUAGAAGAAGAAGAAGAAGAAGAAGAAGAACAGGUUUAGAAUUUGAGUUUUAUACUCUCUGUACACAUCAUUACAUUUAUACAUAAUGUUUCAAUGUGAAUCAAUGUGCAAUUUUUUUGUGGGUGUGAAACUUGGAUUCUAAUAUGACAUUGUUCUUUAUUCCUA